GGUACGCAUCCCUAGACUGUCUUUACUUAAAAAAAAACUUUAUACUAAGAUUCUUGUGUUAUUUCUUAUUUUAUGCACUUGCAGUUAUUACCGUGAAUUGCAGGGAAGGAAAAUGAAGAAGCUUUUGAUGUAGUUGAACUAUGACCUCGGCAUACUGAUAAUACUUAUUGUUCAGUUCUCGCAGAUAAUUUUACUAUCAACACGAGUAAACAAUUAAAAUAAGUUGUGUAAUUGUGAAAUAUUGUUGUGUUUGUUCCUCAUCAUGUCGCUAAAUAAACUCGUUGGCGGAGACUGCGGAGGUAAUAAUUCCCUGGUUCAAUUAACAAAUAUCGUAAGCCGCGAUGCUCCAAGUGCACAGGCUUUAUCUCAGUCUGAUAGAUUCGUCAAUGAAUUCAUGGCGCAAAAUUCUCAAAUUCCACAAACAUUUAACAUGAACGCCUUGCUUAAUAAUAUACCCGAAGUAGAAAAUACUAUGAUAAAAUCUGCACAAGUCCCUUCUACGAGUAGGUCAUCUUAUAGUUCUCAGACACAUGCACCCUGGUUAGCGGGACCUACCUCAUCUUUUAUGGCUGGUCCCAUGAUGCCAUUUCACAUGCCAUAUCAACAUAAUAUGAUGAAACCUCUAGCACCUUCAAAUGUGCAGAUACAAUAUGUGAGUGAAUCUGAACUUCAACAAACGGAUAGUGUUAAAUCAAAAGCUCAAGAGUAUGUCAAUAGUGUUAAGGAGGACGAUGAACUUGCUUAUAACCAAUUUAUGUCAUUUAUGAAAAAAAUAAGUGCAGGAGAGAUGAAUUUAGGAGAAGCAUUAGAAGCAGAACAGAAGCAAGCUGGCAAAGAUAAAAUAGUGGAAGAAAUGGCAGAGAAGUACAAAGAUGAAUGGGCUAAACUGAGUGAUGUCAAUGAUUAUUGGAAUAGCGAGACAGCAAAUGGUAUUUCAAAAGAAUAUACUUUCACUGAAGGCAAUGUAAUGUUGGAGAAUAGAAGUGCCUUAGAAAUAGGUAAAGAAAGAUUAAAGAUGGGGGAUGUACCAGGAGCAGUGCUAUGCUUUGAAGCAGCAGCACAGCAGCAGCCUGAUUUGGCAGAAGCAUGGUUCCUAUUAGGGACCACACAAGCGGAGAAUGAACAGGACCCUUUGGCUAUAACUGCUUUAAAAAAGUCAUUGGAAUUAGAUCCAAGACAACUAGAAGGCUAUAUCACUUUAGCUGCUGCUUAUACUAAUGAGAAUAUGGAUAAAUAUGCAUACACAACUUUGAUUGACUGGCUGAAGGCCAGUCCCAAAUAUAGUGAUUUAAUUCCUCAAGAUAUAAAUCCUCAGAAUAUGAACCUUAAGGAGUUGGAGGCAUAUGUGUCAUCCCUGUAUCUAAAAGCAGUGCAAUUAAAUCCUUCAGAAGUUGAUCCUAAUGUACAAAAUGCUCUGGGAGUUAUUUUUAAUAUAAACCAUCAAUAUGAUAAAGCUGUGGAUUGUUUUAAAGCAGCACUAAUGGUAUCAUCUGAUAAUGCUAAACUUUGGAAUAGGCUUGGUGCUACACUAGCCAACAGUGACAAGUCAGAGGAAGCUGUUGAUGCUUAUCAUGAAGCUUUAAAUUUGGAGCCAGGCUUCAUAAGAGCUAGAUACAAUGUUGGCAUUACUUGUAUGAACUUAAAAGCUUAUAAACAAGCAGCAGAACAUUUCUUAGUUGCAUUAAAUCAACAAUUCAAGGCAAAAGGAAUGUUUCCAAAUGAGUCAUCAGUGGACAAUAGCUCUUCAACUAUUUGGACUACACUGAGAAUGGUUUGCUCCUACAUGGGGGAACAUGAUGUUGCCAAAUUAGUUGAUGAAAGAAACUUAUCAGAACUUAAUAAAUUCUUUGAAAUAGAAUCUUAGCUUAACCUGUAAAAUCUAGAUUAAUUUUGAUAAGCCUUAUCAAAUUGUGAUAUGUAUGAGGUAAUGGACAUCAUAAAGUUAUUUUUAUAUGUUUUUUUGUAUUUAAUGUUGAUACUGUUUACUGGCAUUUAUGGUUUGUUAAUGAGUUAAACGAUGGGUAAAAACUA